CAAGUAUCCAAGCUCCCAGCCAGCUCUCGCAGAUGCUGGCAUCUCCGGACAGCCCCGGCUUCCCUGCUUUGUGCUCGGCAGCACAGUCCGUGGAGCACAGCGUCCGGGAGAUGGUGACGAAGUACUUCCCCUUGAACUCUCGAGAGUAUCAUCGCUCGGCGGACGAAUACGCCACCUACCUCAUUCUCCUCGAGGGUCUCUUCCGCUCCCUCGAGCGCUCGGCCCCCUCCAUGCGAUUGCUGCCGGCCUUGCACAGCACCUUACGGGUCCACGACCACCGGGAGGCCGUGCGCCUGCGUGACUUCGUAAGACGCUUUGUGAAGCACCUCUUGGAGCGGCACCACGCGGCCCAGGAGACUCUGAAGGCUUUGCUCCGAAUCUUUUUGGAUCAGUCGUUGGAUGACAGGCUCACGGAGAACAUCCGCUUCGCCAUUAUGGAGAAGUUGGCCUUGCCGCUCUUGUGGGACUUGGUGGCGUCACCACAAAGCUGCAAGGAAUGCUGGCUGGCCCACUGGUCACUCCUCGUGCAGCAUGCGGAUCCGGAUGUGAGCUUCGCCCAGCUGCGGAUGCGCGACGUCGAGGCCUUGAACCUCAAAGUCCAGGAGAUGGCCGGCAUCUACGGCAUGAUCGAAGUCCUCUUCGUGCGCACGGCGCCUGAUCAGCUGAAGGAGCAGAUCAUGCCGGAGCUCCAAAGUAGCCCCUCCAGGGACAUCAUCCUGAUCGCCAAGCGAGCGCUCAAGAAACCCACCGGCUGGGAGCGCGUGGCGCUGCCCAGCCUGCGCCGCUGCCAGCUGCGCAUCUACGCCGCGCUGUCCGCCGCCAUCGGCGCCACACAGACGAAGCAGGAGAUGUACACCGGAUGGCUUUUUGAGAAAGUGCUGUGGGACGAGACAAUGAUUGAGCCGUGGGAGGGCGCUUCUGGUGCAUCAAUAGCACUGGAUACCUUGAAGCCUGAGAGCAAUUACAACUCCUUCCCCAGGCCCGGCUAUUCCUUCGCCUACCUCUCCGCAGCAGUGCCGGGGCGCACUCCCGCGGCGCGUGCGCGGGCUGCGCGCGGCGCAGAGGAGUCGACGCUGCUGGGUGCAGGGCUUUGGGCUGCUACGCCAGCUACUCAGGCGCCCAUGACCCAGACCUCCUUGCGCUUCGCGGGCGGGCUAGGCACACUGGGCCGGGCGGCAGCGGCCAAGGCAUCGCAGGAGCUGACGCUGAUGCUUCCGGAGAAGCAGCGGCGACAGCUGGCCACGGCCAGCAAGGGCACGGCCUCGCAGGUGAUCAGCUUAGUGGUGACCGGCUCCUCCGACGGCUUGACGCAAGGUGAAGGCGUGCCGCUGCCACCCGGUGAGGAGGGCCAAGCCCUGCGGCUCCAAGCUGUCCUUGCCGGCCGCCGCUUAAGCGGAGUCGCAGGCGAAACUGAUCGGGGCGCGACGUGGCAAACGGAGUGGCUGGAGCAUGACGAGGUGAUUUUCCCCGACGGCCCGACCAACGAUUGUGCCUUGACGCUCUUCCUCGUGCUCCUCCGCACACUCGACGUCCUCACAGAGCGCUUUGGAGUGCCCAGUGGAGCAAACCACUUGAGUGGCUCAUGGCUGCAGUCGUUGCUGGCCAUCGUGGACAAAGCCUCUACGGACUUCCGACUGCGGAUCUUGUUGCUGAAGGUCUUCAUUCACCGAGCCGAUGUGAUGCAACCCGUUCUCUAUGGGCGAAACGUGGAGAUCUUCCGCUUUCUUCUCUCCAUGUUGUUAGAUCCUCGCUUCGGUGCAGAAAAGCGAUUCCACUAUUUGGCGCGCGAUGUGGUCUCCACUUUGCUGGUGCCAAAGUUGGACUCCGAGGUACAGGCAGACGGACUCUUCCGUCCGACGCUCUCCUUUGCGUACGGUGGGGGAUGGCUAUGACUGGCUGGGUCGAGUUUUUUGUUUGUUUUUCGGUAGCUGAGGCUCGGUGGUGUUGAAAGGGCUCCGGAGACUGCACUGGGUCUCCUGCCAUGAGUUGUUUUUUGUUUUUCAGGUCUAAUUGUGGCCCUUUGUAAUUGGCUUCAGUGGUUUCGCAGCGGGGCAGCUUCAGCCAUUUUCGGCAUGUCUAUGGCCUGAAACAUAGCAAGCCAGAGGGCAAUGAGCGGUUCCUGAAUCAAGGAAACCAUUUGUCGAGAUGGACAAGGGGAUGCCUCUCCUGCACCGAGGCACAGUGAAAAGCGCUGUGAAGAAGCGAAAACCAAACCAAAAGAAACCUCAAAGAAGUCAUCUUUAGUGCAACAUUCAGACAUGGAUAAACAGGAAUCCCAACACUUGCUUCCCAACGAAGUUGGACGUGUUCUUCAACGCUAUGAGCGAAUCUGCUGCGAAAGGAUCGCAUCGAUGCUUGGGGAGCAGUAUGGAGCACUUGGGGCACCUUUGGGGCCGAUUUCUUCGGAAGGCACCACGGACCAGCUCACAGAUGAGUAGCGUUUUUGUACCAAAUGCAUGCGAAGGCAAUUGUGUGAUACGCUCGCGAAGCAGCGUAGGCACGAUUUCACGCAGGCGAAGCCAAUUUGCGAAGGCCAACUUAGAGUGUAUGAAAGGCUGUGAAACCAAUUCACGAAACCAUUUAGAUGGUCUGUGUGAAGGUGUGCCAAGAUGGGCACAUGCAAGUUCCAUGCAUUGCAUUUGCGUGGAACAACCGGAUGGUCCAAAAUUAUAGGCUUGAUCGUUGGCUCUAUCGCGGAACAGAUCAGAUGGAAGUACCUGGUUUUGCGCAUACUUCCGGAGUAGUUGCUCACCUAUAUAGGAAGAACUAGGAGCAAGGAACUACUAGGGGCUCCUGGCAUCGCUACUAGGAGCAUAUGCAUCGGGUAGGUGUUUGCUCCUUCAAGCCGCAUGUCUUUGUAAGUUGGCUCCCUGGCUCUUGUGCGCUGCGGAGACGCGCGGUCUCGGAGUUCCGAUUCCUCUCCAUGCGUCACAGGUCUUUGAAGCCUGGUAGGGCCGUGGGCCAAGCCUGGUAGGUCCAAAAUCCGAGUUGGGUGAAUAGACACCCAUUAACCUCUCAGGGGCUAUUAUUAUAGACACCCCUUGGGGUCCUGGUAUACUAAACCAUGUGGCAUUCUUGUAUAUUAUGGUACUCAUUGAAAAGAAACGGUUUUCACGUUCCAGGUCACGUUGCCGAGGGAUUGC